UGUCAGAGCAAGCACCAAAACACAGGUUGACAUCAUAAGAGCAUAUGUAUAUGCUCUGAGCCCCAUCCACUUCUCACAUCGACUUGGAUCGCAUCCCUCUCGGCCCAGGACAAGCUGACGUGGCAAUGGCUCCGAUUAUCCAUCUUGUCCGCCACGCUCAAGGCUACCAUAACCUCAACGAAGGAAAUCACCAACUCCCAGACCCGGAUCUGACGCCGCUGGGCGAAUCCCAAUGCGAAGAGCUCUGCAAGGGGUUCCAGGCCCACGACCAGAUCACUCAUCUCGUCGCCUCGCCUCUGCGGCGUACGCUGUACACCUGUCUGCGUUCGUUUGCGCCGGUGGUCAAAUCCGGCAAGAAGGUGAUCGCCCUCCCGGACGCCCAGGAAAUAUCCAGGCUGCCCUGUGACAUCGGUUCGGAACCUAGCAGGCUGGGGGAGGAAUUUGGCGACCUCGUGGAUUUGCGCCUGGUCCAGGAGGGCUGGAACGACAAGUCCAGUGGAAGCAAAUACUAUCCUACCGCGGCCAAAUUGGAAGCGAGAUCACGAGAGGCCAGACUGUGGCUAAGGAAGCUAGCGAAGGAAUCCGGUGACGACGCGCAGAUCGUUCUCGUCACCCACGGCGGUAUCUUGCAUUUUCUAACCCAGGACUGGGACGGUGCCAGCGUAGAGAGAGGCACUGGCUGGAGCAACACCGAGCUGCGUUCUUACACAUUCAAGGACGCAACUGGUCAAGAUCCCGAUGCAUCCCUGGUGGAGACGCAGAAAAGCUGGCGUCGUCGACGCGGGAGCGCAACCCCCCUCACCGAGACGGAACAGGUGGAAAUGCGGCAUAUUUUCCAGUCUUGCCUCCCUGAGCAGAAACAGGACGGCGACGCUUCUUCGUCCGAGGUUGUUAUCGAUUAGACGCGGAUAGGGGGGAGGCGGGGGGGCAAUCGAGCCACGCCCGGAAGCCCGCGAGAUAGACGCCGUAGACGGAGGUUGGAUAGAUAGGCAUCCACCGCAGGAUAUAGGGUACCGCAUCUGACUCGGGAGCACCGAUCAACACGGGGAUUAGAAAGACUACAGACCCAAUAAAGACAGGUUAGACCUGAGGCCCUGCGCUUCCUAUCUACUAACCUUGGGCCAUCGCGUCGACCAGAGGUAUAUGAGCCUGGCCGGCACGACAGGCAAGAAAUCGAGCUUGCACUUAUUAUCGUUCUCCCAGCCUAGGGCAUCGACCCCCCCAGAGAACAGCCGCUACCGCCGGUCGCGAGAGUUCCGGGAUAGCGUUCUAAAAUAGCACGAAGC